AUGAACCAGUCGGCAACUGGUUACGAUAUCAGCAAUUGGGACAAUGCAGUGGCAUCUGUAAUGAUGUUUGUGAUGUUCUUCAAUGUGACUAUUAUUUAUAAUUUUGUGAAAUACAAUAAUCAAAGGACAUCCUUCAACUUUAUCUGCACAAUUCGAGCUCUCAAUAACACUUUCAUACUGCUAGUUAACUUUAUCGGAGUAUUUCUUCCAGCAACUGUUCUUGGAUAUUCAAUUCAUAAUCCAAUGGUAGAAACCGUGAUAAUAACAACUGCUUUAAACUGCAAUAUUUACAAUAACCAUCAGAGUAUUUAUAUGGCAGUCAACAGAUUUGUUGCUAUUUAUUUCCCCGUAAAAUAUGAUAUAUUUUUCGGAAUGAAAGCUACUGUGUUGGUGCAUAUUAUUUUUUAUUUGGAUCGGAUUCGAAAUGUUACAUUUGAAAAUAUUGAGAGAUACGAAAAACAAAACUUUUUGGUGUUUAAUGUUGAAUGGCUGGCUUAUGGUGGACUUAUUGAUAGUCAAGAUAUUAUUUUCUAUUUUGCAAUCGGGCUCACUCUCAUUCCAUUUGUCAUUAAUAUUUUCACAUUUCUCAAGUUUUAUUACUUGAAGAAAAGAGUAACUCGCGAUGAUUCGGAGAGAGUGAAACAAGCGAGGAGGAACAUGAGACAGUUUGUGCAGACUGUUUUCCAAGAUUCCAUGUAUCCAAUCAGCGUGGUUUUUAACUCAAAACUCAAUGUACUCAUCCGCCACCGGUUUUGGACGUUCUUCUGUCAGACAUUCAUUUGGCAGACACUGCAUGUUCUGGAUGGACUCAUCAUGGGUGUUUUCAAUGAUCGAAUCGCUUUUCUGAAAAAGUAUAUGAAAAGAAAAAUUCAUAACUUGAGUGCAUCGAAAGAAGUGACACCGCCGCCUGUUGUAGGUGUGCAAGUUGCACAGAGUGGUGUUGCUGGAUCAUCAAACUAA